AUGAACUGCCAAAUAUGCACCGGCAGCACAGACGUCUCUGCGAGAUACGACUGCGGGCAUCAAAUAUGCAUGGCAUGUGCUGUGAGACUUGUGUUUCUAUACAUGCAGUCUGGGUGUCCCCUGUGUAGGGGGACGACGGAGGCUGUUGUUUUUUCUGCAUCCUCUCCGGCAUGUGGAACCUCCAGGCGGCAAUGGAAGGGCAGAGAGGCUCCUGUCGCCGUUUUCUAUGAGGGAGCCGAUGUGAGGGACAGGAUGGAGGACCUUCUGUCCAACAAAUGCCAGAAGUGCCACCGGAGGUUUGGAUCCUUGAAGGAGCUGAAGAAGCACUACGCACAGCAUGGAUUUGUUCUCUGCUCUGAAUGCAUUGGAAACAGGAAGGACUUCUGGAAUGAGAUCAGGCUCUACAGAAGCAGCACGAUAAGAGACCACAAGAACGGGAGUCUCGAGGAGGAGGGGUUCAGCGGACAUGUGCUUUGCAUCCACUGCAAGAUCUAUCUAUUUGAUUCUGAUGAUGCAAGGCGGCACUGCAACCUCAGGCACGAGGCAUGUCAUGUUUGCGACAUGGUCGGGAUAAGAUACCAGUACUACAGCAGCUUUGAAGAUCUGGAGGCACACUACAGAAAUGCCCAUUACUGCUGCACCUUCCAGACAUGCCGGGUAGGCAAGUGCUAUGUGUUCCCAUACCAUACAGAGCUUCUUGAGCAUCUUACAAGAUUCCACAAGGUUAAUGCCAGGCUAUCUGAAAUCCCUAGGCCUGGUAGGUGCAGCAUUCCCGUGAUGGAUCCGUUCAAAAGAAAAAAGGCACCAGCCCGGGUCAGUGUUAUAGACCCAAGCGGAGGGAAUGCAAGAGCACCAAUGGCCCAUAGGGGAGGCUCCAGACAGGACACAGCUUCGCCAAGCACCGAGGCUGAGCUUCCAAAGUACCUGAAUCGGAAUAUUUUGGAGGAGGAGAGGAGAAAGCUGCAGAAGCGCAGGCUGGUGAUUGACCGUAUAUGUAAAGCGGAGGGUAACGAGAUAGAAGAGAUCAUAAACGAGUUUCUGGGGGAUUCCAUAGAUGUUACGGAGGCCUUCAACAGGAUAUCAAAGGUGACUGGGGAUGCAGCUGCCCUUAAGCUAUUUGAAUCGGCGCCUUUCGGACCUAAGCAAUCCGUGGUGGAGGGUAGCAUCAAAGCCCUAAGGAAGAGAGUCAUGUUUCCGAAGUUUGUUCCAUCGGAGCCUGUAAGAUACAGAGAGCCCGAAAGAAAAGGCCCGGGAUUCACAGUUAUAGAUCUGCACAAAAGGAAGUGA